UAAUUAUUCAAAUGCACUUGAUAUAAUUCUAUAUAUUGGGAUUUAAUAUAUAAUUUUGUGAAACUUUUGACGUUGGUAAACUUAUUCUUUAAUUCUUUUAUCUAGUUGUAUUGCAUUUAUUUACAAAAUGUUUGCGAUAUACUUAUGCUUAAUUAGUGUUUUAGCCCCAUUUGUUUCCUCAAAAGUUGCUCUAAUGUCUUUUGGAGGAAAAACAUAUUUGAAUGGCCAGUAUAUAGUCGAAGCACCUCAUAAUGGCCAUAUAAAAGAUGGAAUUGUGAAUGGACGUACCCGAGGAUUGAAAUUAAACAUUAUAAAAACAUUGACAUUUCAAGAGAAAUUAAUUCUUUUAGAGCAAUUAAAAGCAUCAAAUGAUAUGUUAUCUCAACAAGAAAUGGAAAGAGUGAAAAGAUUAGAAGACCGUGAAAAAGAAUUGGAUAAAUUGUUCAAAGGAGGAGUAAAGCAACGACUCGAAAAAGAAAAUGAAGUCCCUCAAGAAACUGUAAGCCAUAAGAAAUUUGAAGAAAUGCCAGACCAGAACAAAAUUACAGAGGUUAAUGGUGUAGAAGGUGACUUUUAAAUAAUGAAGUACUUUUGUUGAUGUAGCAGAAUGAUGAAAAUACCUACACAACAUGGCAGUUAUUAGUAAAAUAACUACAAGAAUAAUCAAUAAAAAAGGUCUUUAUCUAGUGUUAAGUUAUAAGUUACCUAUAACUGUCAAUCUUUAAUAAUAACAUGUAUGUAUAUUUCAUCAGAAAAUAGAGUACAUUUUAUUGUCAUUUUUAUUAUUUGAACGAUUAUUAUUGGAAAUCGUGACAGGUAAGCUUUACUCAUCAGUUUUUUUUUAAUAUUUCAAAAUAAUAAACUAUUAUAUAUAUAUACCUAUAUAA